AUGGUUGGGAAUCCACCUGAGGGCAUACCCCAAGAGCAGUACUAUAGGAAUGUCCCAGAGGAGGUGAGUGCUAAACUAUAUACCUCUGGAGAGGAGGCCCACCCACAAGAGGAGUCAGAGCCUCAACAGGAAGCCUCUGAACCGGUAGAGGAGGAAGAACCCAAAGAAGAGGAUGAGGAUCCUCAGAAUAUGAAGGGAGAGGAAUCAGAGCCUAUUGACGUGGAAGAAGAGGGGGAAGAAGAACCAUUUGGGAUGUUCCCUGAGUUCGCAGAAUUUGAGAACAAGGCCAAUGAAGAAUCUGACUACUAUGCCCCGACCAAUGAGAGGUCUGACUUUUAUGCACUAUCACCCAUAAUGGUGCCUACCACCUCCACCAUGACGUCUGAGAAUUUUGGGAGGAUAGGCCCCUCUGAGCCUGCUUGGUAG